UUAUUAGCUGUAUAUAAAUCCAAUUCUCAAAUUCAACUAUUGAAACUCUCAUAUCAUAUUAAUCUAUUGCUGAUAAGAUUUUUUCACACAUCGAUGGGUAUGAGGGGAUUUUUCAUGGUUUCUAUUGUGUUGUGUACACUUUUAUGUUAUUGUAAAUCUGAUGAACAACGAGUAGAAUUAUCGAGAGAUGAACUUCUCGAAAUUGAGAAUCAACUUAUGCGACUAAACAAGUCAUCAAUCAAAGCUAUUAAAACACAACAUGGAGAUAUUUAUGACUGUGUUGGUUUUUACGAACAACCAGCAUUUGACCAUCCUUUGCUAAAGGAUCACAAAUAUGAUUUUCAAAUGAAACCUUCUUCUCGUCCAAACUCGAUGGUUAGAGAAGACAGGCCUCCAAAAAAUGUGCAACAAGUAUCGAUAAAUAGUGAGUUAAAUGGUGAAAAAUGUCCAAUUGGGUAUGUUCCAAUUAGAAGAACAACCAAGGAAGAUCUUAUCAAAGCCAAAUUAUUUACAAAGUCUUAUACCUCAAGAAUUAAUUCCCCUCCUACUCUUCAUCACGCGAUUGUUUCAACAAGACCAAAUCCAACCAAGAAAUACAAUGGAGGUGGAACAGUUGCAAGUCUUUACACAUUAUAUAAUGUCGCCGACUCACAAUAUACUUUCGGUCGAAUGAAAUUACAAAAUGGACUUGAUAUCAUUCAAGCUGGUUGGGGAGUGAAUCCUUCUGUAUACGGGGAUAAUAAAACUCGGAUCUUCAUAUAUUUUCAGGCUGGUCAAUUAUCUUGUUUCAAUACAGUGUGUCCAGGAUUCGUUUUAGUUGAUCCUCAACCUCUAAUUGAUAUGUAUCUAAGGGAAACUCACCCUGGUGAUAUACCUACAUGGGAAAUCCCAAUCAAAAUUUAUCGGGAUCAAAUUACUGGAAACUGGUGGCUUGAGAUGGGAAAGGACCUUACUCAAACUGGAUAUUGGCCAUCAAGUAUAUUUAGUGGUGGAUUGAAAGAUUUGGCUACUUAUGUUGAAUGGGGUGGCGAAACGUAUAGUCCACUUGGUCAAAUCGGUCCUCCAAUGGGUUCUGGUUUAUUUUUAAAAGGGAAUUCUCAUUAUGACGCAUAUUGUAGAGUAAUGACAACUAUUGAUGAGGCCUACAACCAAGUAGAUGUUAAAAACACAGAAAUUUCUUCUAUUGAUAUUGACUUUUAUUUAGUUAGGGAUUGGGGAUUUGUAAAUGAUGACUUUCGACGUUCCAUGACAUAUGGAGGCCCUGGUCCUAGAUGAUUUCUAUGUAUUUCUACCAAAAUAAACUUUUAAUGAAGAAAAAAUAAAUGUAUCAUUAUGUGUGUUUGGUAGACUUAAUUAUAAAUGUGGUGAAAGAUCACCCCCAAAACUUGACUAUUACAAUAGUAAUAAUAUCAAAGAAACAUAAUUUAAACUAGAACUAAUUACGCAUAUCAAAAAUUGAACUU